AUGUUCUCCUUGCCGCAUGAGUUGUGUGUAUAUUUACAUCACUUAUCACUCAUGCUGACUUGUCAGAUCUAUAAACAGUCCCGCGCGUCACAUUGCAGGGCUCAACACUUCACCUCAAACACCCAACCUCUGUCUGGCUACAACCAAUGGCUGCACAAACAUGCAGGAUGUCGCAUGCUGGAUCACUGCUGGAUGUUGAUCUCGCACGAAUUCCACGUGCAUUUGUACGUGACCGUGAUGAGGAAGUAUACCGUUUGCUGGCACGAGCUGAUGAUGGAGACAAAUCGGGUUUCGGGAUUCAAGCCCUUGUGCGGCUGUCCUAUAGACCCCCAGGGAAAUACCCUCUGAAGUCGACCCUAUUCUGUGAUGAAAGGUUUCAGACGCUGAGAAACUGUCACGACGACCUUGCAGCUAUGCCGCUUGAAAAACUCCGCAUCAUCGCCAGGGCCGGGUUUUAUCGUUGUGGAAUGACGACGACACUGACAUGCUUCCACUGCGGGUGCCAAGCUUCAAACUGGAGGGUGGAUGACGACCCGUGGGAGCGACACGCUGAGCUGAAGCCCAACUGCCCGGUAAUCAAGAGGGGCGUUGUCAUCUGUAGGGAAGGAGGGCGACCUGUGGACCGAGUGUUGAUGAGACAGGUCUCCUGCUAAGCUCCACCAACUCAACUAUCAUCAUUAAUAUAACUCUAUAAGUACUAAGUUUUAUCUAAAACAAAGAAUCCACUGUAGACAAACUCUCCAAAUGCACAUUCCUCAUUUUUUCAUUUAUAUAUUUUACUUUGAAAUAUUAUUUAAUUGCGCAUCUUUCAACCCCUUCAGUAGAUACAUGUAUGUAUUUGAGUAACAUAAUCUGACAAAAAGCGUGCCACCAAGAGGCAGGCUGGAUCAUCUUUACUAAGAACAUAGGCGUAAGGAAAAUACAGUUAUUAAAGGAACGAUGUCACACCACAUUUCCCUAAGAAUGCAGAAUGCAUUUCUCUCAAUAAUACUAACUAUCAGCCCUCAGAGAAUCUAGUAUAUAAUUUAUUCCCAAAAA